AUGGAUAGGAUCAGUGACCUCUCAGAUGAUUUGCUGUUGAAGAUUGUUUCAUCACUUCCUACCAAAAAUGUAGUCGCGACGAUGCUCUUGUCUAAACGAUGGAGGUUUAUUUGGACGAUGCUUCCAAGUCUUGAUUUUGAUUACGGUUCGGAUUCGGAGAUCGAGCCUUCCGAAUAUGGGAAAUUCAUCAAGUAUGUGGACAGAACAAUGGUACUGAACAGAGCUCCGGUUCUAGAAACUCUAAAGUUCAAAGUCGGUCCUUGUUACGGCAGUGAAGAUUUGGGAACAUGGAUCAGAAUCGGAAUGGUUCGUGGUGUCCUUGAGCUCGAAACUGUCCAAGAUUACGAGUUUGAUGACUCAAUAGAGUUACCAAUGACUCUCUACACGUAUGAGAAGCUCGAGGUGUUGAAACUCACUCGCGCGAUUGUCGUGGAUGUCCCUGACGACGUUUGGUUCCCGUCCUUGAAAACACUACACCUUGUAUCCGUAAAGUACAAGACCAAGGAAACUCAUCGCAAGCUUUUGCCAGGAUGUCCUGUUCUUGAGGAUUUGGUGCUGGACAAGACUCUAAACGGCUUCGAUGUAGGAUCUAUCUACGUUGAUGUGCCUUCCUUGCAAAGAUUGUCUAUACUUGAUACGUAUGAAGAAGCAAACCAAGGCGAUCCUGCUGUUGGCCUUUGUAUGAUCGUGAUGAAUGUCCCGUCUCUGAAGUACCUCAACUUUGUAGAUACCUUUGGUGACUUGUGUUUGUGUGAGAAUAUGCCGGAGGUGGUUGAAGCUAAUGUUAGAGUUGUCUACGAAGAUCCAAAGAAGCUACUGGAGUCGAUUCCAUCAGUCAAGCGUCUCUACCUAUGUUUAUCUGCUUCAUUGGAAACUAUAAAACAGUUCGUAUCUCAGCACCGCGUUGGGUUUCAUCAUCUUUUACAUUUGGAGCUAUGUGGAGGUUGUGAAGGGUGGUGGGAUCUACUUACUUGGAUGCUCGAAAGCUCUCCUAAACUACAACGCAACAACGGCUUCUAUGAGGGCAUAAGUCGCAUUAAAGGUCAGUGGAGAGGACCAACUUCAGUUCCUGGGUGUUUGAUGUUUCAUCUACAUACAUUCAAGUGGGAAGAUUACGAAUCAAAAGACCAAGAGAAGAGAAUAUUGACGUAUAUCUUGAAGAACGCAAGACAGUUGACGACUGCUGAUAUCUCUUCGUGGAGAUCGUAUUCGGGGGACCUCAAUGAAUUGGUUUCUCUGCCUAGAGCUUCAAGCUCAUGUCAGCUUAUGGUGAAUGGAGAAAAGCUUGUAGCAGCAUGUUCCAACAAGAUUUAG